AUGGUUAACUACGUGUUGUUCGAAACCGCCUCUGGCUAUGCGCUCUUUGAGCGUCUGCAGUCCGAAGAGAUUGGCUCCAAGUUGGCCGAAGUCCAGCAGACCGUCCAGGAUCUUUCCAAGUUCGGAAAGAUGAUCAAGCUCAAGUCAUUCGCUCCCUUUAAGAGUGCCGCCGAUGCCCUUGAGAACGCCAACGAUGUUUCCGAGGGUAUUGUUAACCCUUCGCUUAAGGCUUUCUUGGAGAUGAACCUCCCCAAGGCUUCCAAGAAGAGCUCUUUCUCUCUCGGUGUUGGAGAGAAGAACUUGGCUGGUGCUAUCAAGGGUGAGUGUGGUUACGACUGCGUUGCCGACGAGACCGUUAUGGAAUUGGUCCGUGGUAUCCGUCUUUGGGCCGACAAGUUGCUCGGUCAAUUGAAGGAGGGUGAUUUGGAGAAGGCCCAGCUUGGUCUUGGUCACAGUUACUCCCGCGCUAAGGUUAAGUUCAACGUCAACCGUGCCGAUAACAUGAUCAUCCAGGCCAUUGCUCUUUUGGAUCAAUUGGACAAGGACGUCAACACCUUUGCUAUGCGCAUGAGAGAAUGGUACUCAUGGCACUUCCCCGAGCUUGUCAAGAUUGUUAACGACAACUACAAAUACGCCAAGCUCGUCAAGGUGAUCAAAAACAAAUCUGAGUUGUCUGAGGAACAUUUGGAGGCCAUGGCUGAGGUUCUCGACGACGACGAGACCAUUGCCAAGCAGAUCCUCGACGCUGCUCGUGCUUCAAUGGGUACCGACAUUUCUCCCAUCGAUAUGAUCAACAUCCAGAACUUUGCUGACCGUGUUGUCAACUUGGCUGAGUACCGCAAGAAGCUCCACACCUACCUGGUAACCAAGAUGAACUAUGUUGCUCCCAACUUGGCAGCUUUGAUCGGUGAUGUUGUUGGUGCCCGUCUGAUCUCCCAGGCUGGUUCCCUCACAAACCUCUCCAAAUACCCUGCUUCUACCCUUCAGAUCUUGGGUGCCGAAAAGGCUCUUUUCCGCGCCUUGAAGACCAAGGGUAACACACCCAAGUACGGUUUGAUCUACCACUCUUCUUUCAUUGGCCGUGCUGGUGCCAAGAACAAGGGUCGUAUUUCGCGUUAUUUGGCCAACAAGUGUACCAUUGCUUCCCGUAUCGAUUGUUUCAGCGAUAAGCCUACCGAUAAGUUCGGUCAGGCCUUGAAGGCUCAGGUUGAGGAGCGUUUGGCUUUCUACGACAGCGGUGCCUUGCCUGCCAAGAACCUCGAUGUUAUGAAGAAGGUUAUUGACGGUAUGGAUAACGAUGAGGAUGAGAUUAAGCUUGAGGAGCCUGUUGCUGCAGUAUCUGCCGGCAAGAAGAGAAAGGCUGAUCCCGAUGCCGAAGAAGAAGAGUCUCCCAAGAAGGCCAAGAAGGAAAAGAAGGAGAAGAAGGAGAAGAAGGAGAAGAAGGAAAAGAAGGAGAAGAAGGAGAAGAAGAGCAAGGAUUAA